ACUAGUUCAAAUAUACAAACAAUUGAGCCAAAUAAUCAAGAUGAAGAAGAUCAAACAAUUGAAUUGAAUUAUCAAAAUAAUGAAAAUCCGAUUAAUCAUGAUUUUCAAACUCACAUACCAUUAUUAAAUAUUCAAAUUAAUUCUAUUUCUCCAACUGAUCCUGGUAUUUAUGGUUCUGGAAACUCUUAUCCUAAUGCAUUCAAAAAAAUUUUGACAAUUGAAAGCU